UCACUUGAUUUGACGUCAUCGCAACGCUGGAGUUAAAGAUGGCGGAUAGUCACGUCUUCACUUCUGUGUAAAUAAAGUAUCGGGUUAAAAACAGCGGAACAGUGACCCGCCACGCGGCCUCAAGUGUCAGUUUUCGGACUUUCGGAGCUCAGAGAUCUCGGGACAUAUCGAGUUAUCAGAGCGCGGAGCGGCGGUGGUGCUGUGAGGCUGCUCGAUCGUGUCUGGCUCUGUAUGAAGAAGCUGCUCCUGUGAAGCUAUGAAGCGUCUAUAAGUGGUAGUGGUGGGGUGUGUGUGCGCGUACGCCCGCGGGAUGGAGAGCGACUGCAGGAUCCCGAUGGCCUGUCUGAGACCCCGAGUGCUGGCUCUGCACGCGCUCUUCUGGGGUCUGGUGUCUCUCAGAGUGUUUGGGGCUGCACUUCUUAGUGAAGAGAAAUCCGCAGUAACAAAGUCUGUGACCAUGCCAUGUUGGCAACUGGAAGAGUUCGUAGUUGCUGCCGAGUGCACCCUAUGUAAUGCUUUCCAAACGAAGACAGAAGUGGCCUGUCGCCAGACAGGAUAUGUGGAGAGGAUUAACUGUACCAAGUCCAACAAAGAUGAGUUGAAGAGUUGCCGCUCAGCAACAAUGGAGGAGCACCUGUUCUGGAAGUUUGAAGGUGCCGUGCUGGGGCUCACUGUUAUCUUUGCCCUAGUGGUGGUCGCCCGGCAACGCUCCUUAGACCGGCAAGCCUCGGAAAAGGUUCGCAGGCAGAUAGAAUCUAUUUAGUACUUAAAACUGAAUUAAGAACUGUUGCACAAAUCUGAUCAGGAGGUCCAGUCCUCUGAAGUUACAGCAAGGGUCAGCAUUUUUUCAGUGUUAUAGCACAGCUGUAGUAACCAGUUCACCUCCCAGGUUUACUGGUUCAGCAUGGGUUGUGAUCAGUGGACACUCCUGCACAAAACUUGCCACAGCUGGCUGAAUGGACGAAAGAUUCCUUUACAUUCUGACAUUAAAUGUGGAUGGCAGAUUCUGCCUCCUUGCAGAAUUGACCCUUUUCCCAGGUAAUCCAUGCUAUGCCACAGUGAUCUUGUUUUAACUGUGAACUUUCAAGGAUUUGAAUUGGGGAUUCAGCCUCCAAAAGAAAUGGAGAAUCAAACACGAACAGACAUUACAUGAGAAACAACUGACAGUUUGCUAAGACCUGAGAUUUGGAAAAGUUUCUGUUUCUGUGCAUAUAGUGUAUGGCUAAAGGUACGUUUUCACUAACACUGUGCUGAUCUUAUGUACAGGGAGAGUAUGUGAGUUUAUUUGUUUCAAAUGACCAUGUGUUUUAAAAGUACUGGAAACUUGUGGUAUUUGGCUUUGAAUCUGAAAAAUAUGAUUUGUCUUGGAAGUGUCUGAAACUGACGUUUUUAAUUAUAAAACUUUGGCCCUGCAUUUUUUAAAGUGUAUUCCAUAUCAUACUGGACUGAAUGUAAUUAUUGACACUGAAAAAAUGGUUGCUUGCCACUUUGGUUGUAGACAUAAUUUUCCAGUACAUAAGAGUUGUGAAAAUGUUCAGAUGUCCAUUAUUAAGUAGUCAGAUUUACAGAUCUCACAACUCAAUUUAUUUACAAAUUUUCAGUUUUUAAUUCAUAAAAUUAUACAGAAUGUUUUUCUAGCCCUGUCGGUUUCACCAUGGCAUCAAAUACAGAUUGACCACUGUUCUCUCUGUCAUGCUGUGCAUAGUUUUCAGUGUAUGUGUAAUGUUUUGCCUGCUUAAUAUUUGACUUGUACAAUGUACUGAUGACGCGCUGGGCACUGCACUGAUUGCCGCUGCUGACUUCUCUCAACCUAAAACUCUGCUGUUUUAAUCUGUCUGUUAAAAAUGUAGUAAAUCUGCAUUAUGUUGAAUAACAUGCACAUGUUUCUGUUUUAAAUUGCUUUUUGAAGUGGUAGACAUGUAUAGUAAAUACCUAUCUUUUUUUAAACUUCGGUACAAGCCAGGCUUGAACCUGUGCUUCCAGUGAUACAGCUGUUCUUUUUAUUUUUCUACACCAUAUUCCUCUGGUCAUGUGUGAUCUGGCAGGGUGAAGCCAGUUUGCAAAGUCAUGUCUCAUCUAUUUUGUUGCUGCACAGGAUUACAAGUAAAGAAACAGCUGCAUGUUCCUGGCUAGGGUCUUCUCUUUGGCUAGUUUUACUGGCCCACCCAAACUGUAGAUAAUGUAUUUUUUAUGAAAGAUGCGAUAUGUUUCCUAUUCUCUGUAUUUAAAGGGGGAAUGGAGGAAUAAAUUAAACAGAGAGAGUUCUUACUGUA